CAAAUUAGCCAAAGAGGUAUUCCACACCACAGCACGUCAUGCCUGGGGAGAUCAUAUUUUUGGAGGAUUUCAGCACAGAGAUUUCUGGAGUCUGCUGUGUCUAGCCAUAAUGAGUUUGUCACUGGUUGCUUAUGAUGAUUCAGACUCUGAGACAGAACCUGAAAACACUGAAGUCCCCAGUACUUCCAGCAAACAAACAAGCCAGCCAAGUUCUUCUGUGAAUUGUGUUCAGUACUUUGCACCUGGUAGUUUGAGUACAAAAUCUACAUAUGAAAUGCAGCCUACUGAGAACAUGGACUGUUCUGGCACAAGCACUGCUUGUGAAGAUGCCUCUGAGCAUUAUGUACAGAAUAACAACGCUGAUUUGACAUCUCCUUAUUGUAAAAGAGCAUACCCUGUCCAUACUGCAUUAUGUAUGUCCUACAAAAACUAUGAACAAGCAUCAAGCUCUUCAACAAACUCUGGAAAUGGCAUUUCCCACAAGCGAAUACAUAAAGACAGUACUAUUGCCAUAAAAGGGAUUAGACCGUAUAUCCCUAAAAGAUUGCGUCAAGAAAAUUCCAGUAUGCCUGAGAAAAAAGAAUGUGAUCAGAGAGAAAACUCAGAUUGCGAUGUUAAGCUAGGCAUAUCAGGAGAGCAGACUUUGAGAAAGAUCUCUGAAUUAAUUAAGCCAUAUUUGGGAUCCAAAUAUAAAUUAACUGAAGUCCCCAAAAGCUUAAUAUUCAUGUCUAAACACAGUGGCCCUGUCAAUGAAAUCCAGUGGUGUCCUGUACGGGAACAAAGUCACAUGCUUCUCUCUGCUUCUAUGGACAAAACAGUCAAGGUAUGGGAUGCUGUAGAUACAGGCUGCUGUUUGAAAACAUACUCCUGUCACUCUUGUGCUGUUCGAGCUGCCCGGUGGUCGUCUUGUGGAAGAAGGAUCCUCAGUGGGGGCUUUGAUUCCAUGCUGCAUUUAACAGAUGUAGAAACAGGAAAGCAGAUAUUUAGCAGCAAAAAUGAAUUUAGGAUCAGUGCACUGAAGUUCCACCCUACAGACUCAAAUAUUUUAAUUUGUGGAGGGUUCAGCCCGGAAGUUAAAUCUUGGGAUAUAAGGACUUCUAAGGUGUUAAGAGUGUACAAAGCUGCAGUCCAACAGACAUUGGACAUGCUCUUUCUCCCAGAAGGAAAAGAAUUUCUGACAAGCACAGAUGCAGUAAGCCGGGACUCAGCUGAUCGCACCAUUAUUGCAUGGGACUUCCAAAGUGCUGCAAAAAUCUCCAAUCAGAUUUUCCAUGAGCGUUACACUUGCCCGAGUCUGACUCUGCACCCAAAAGAGUCUGUGUUUGUUGCUCAGACAAAUGGGAACUACAUGGCUUUGUUUUCUGCGCAGCGACCUUACAGAAUCAACAAGAAGAAAAGAUAUGAAGGACAUAAGGUGGAAGGUUUUGCUGUGGGCUGUGAAUUUUCUCCAGAUGGAACACUUUUGGUGACAGGAAGUUCAGAUGGCAAAGUGUUUUUCUAUAACUAUCAUACUGCUAGGAUUAUUCGCACUUUGUCUGCACAUAAAGAAGCUUGUGUGAGUGCAAUAUUUCACCCAGUCUUGCCAUCACUCCUUGCAACAUGUGAUUGGGCUGGAGAAGUCAAGAUCUGGCAAUAACAAGCAGAGUUACUUUUCAGGCUGUCUCCUGUUAGUCUGUCGAAGGCAUAGGAAAUAAACCAUGGUAUGCAAUGUGAAAUUUUGUUGUGAUGUGGUAAGCAGAAGAGGCUGUUGUCUUUUCUUCUAUGACCUCUAAGUGUAUGCUUUCAUAAUGCAGUUAAGAUGGUCUUGUCAUUAACUGUUUAGCAAGUGGUUUUACUCUCUCCCUCAGCCCUGGUGACAAAUUUCUGCCUGUGACAAUUUUUUUUGUGUCUUGUGCUACUCAUCUGGCCCCACCCUGGUUUGAGUAGCUAAACUUAAUAAAAUUGUUGGUCUUUUUGUGGAGCUUUUCAAUGCAGCUUUCUUAAACCAGGCUGUGUCAUAGAAUGAUUUAGAUUGGAAAAGACCCCAGAGAUCAUCAAGUCUAGUCAUUAACCCAGCACUGCCAAGUCCACCUUAUGUCCCUAAGUGCCACAUCUACACGUCUUUUAAAUACCUCCAGGGAUAGUGACUCAACCCCUUCACUGGGCAUUCUGGUCCAAUGCUUGACAACCCUUUUGGUGAAGGAAUUUUUCCUAAUACCCAGUCUAAACCUCUUGUGGUGCAACUUGAGGAAAUUUCCUCUCAUCCUUACCAAAAGUUGGUGAGGACAUACUGUGUAACGGAGGAUGACAUUCACAUCAAUUAAUACCUAUUUGAUCUUCUUGGGAUUUCUUUUCACUGUUUUAAACUAAUUUUCACUAGGUUUCCUCCCUGACCUGGUCACUGAAGGGUUGACGGGCGCUAGUGUAGUUCAAGGUAAAACAGCUUCUGUGCACAUAAAGGGGAAAGAUCACAGGGCAGGUGGGAACGCUUCUUUUGGAAAUGGGUGGCUGUCACCAGCUCAGUUUAUUGUAAAAUGCCUUCUGCAAGUUCCAGGUAAAGGUUUGCCAGAUAAUUUGAAGCUAAUUUCAGUCAGUAAAUUUGUAUUCUUGAUAUCCUGGUGUUUAAUGUUGAGUUUUAAACUUGCAUUUACAACUGUACAUAAACAAAGCAAAACUAUAUGUAAACACUUCUAGUGAAAAAA